AUGGGUUUUACUGGGGAUGACAAACUGGGCCCGUGGAAGGUUUCAGAUGCCCCCGACAGAUACAUUGCAUUAUUGCAGAAGAGUAUCAUCGGAGUUCAGAUUGAGAUCACUAGCCUAGGUGGAAAAUUCAAAAUGAGCCAGGAAUCCCCCGAGAAAUACCGGGAAGGUGUUAUCGCAGGUUUUAAGAACUUGAAUAAUGACAUCGGCAAUGAAAUGGCCCGCACAGUGUCAGAGCGACAGGAUAUUAUGAGCUCAAAGAAGUAA